AUGGCAUCCGGCCAGCGAUUCCAAAGCCAUGGCUUCCAAACAUCAAUGGACACGGCUCGCCAGCAGACCACGACGCUGGUGGGCUUGAAGCGGCCCCACGACUACGGCCACCACAGCGUCGUGAAUGUUCAUACUGCCCAUCAGCAUGGUCACCAGAAUGUCACGCCGCCCAGCGCAACGCACCGUCCUGCCAUUGGAAAGCAUGCAGAUCGCAGCCAGACCACCACUACUGACAAUAGUACUUCUAAUAAGAACGGGUUUCUACCAAGACAGCGGCCGGUGGGGUUCGUGCCUGCUUCGGCAGCCACUCACAGCCGUCGCAUUACGGCUAGCGCGAUUUGCGGGCCUGCGCUGGCCAAUCCACAGCCGGCCCCUGCAGCCGUUGCCAUUGCUUCUCCUGCUCCUGCUCCUGCGCCUGCGCUGCCUCAGGCUCCGGCCAGCCCGCUUUUGUCACUGCAGCAUCCCCGAUACGGCCUGCCGCCCGCCCUGGUUGCCAACUUCAAAGCAGUCGGCAUCGAAAAUGUCUAUCCAUGGCAGGCUUCCUGUCUGCUCGUCCGCGGUCAUCUGACUGGCGAGAAGAACCUGCUCUAUUCCGCCCCGACUGGAGCCGGCAAGUCGCCGGUGGCCGAUGUAUUGAUGCUGAAACGUAUCAUCGAAAAUCCCGCCCGUAAAGCCAUUAUUGUGCUUCCGUAUGUUGCUCUCGUGCAGGAAAAGCUAAAGUGGCUUCGUCGCAUCGUGCACGAUGUCGAGAAAAACCUCGCGGAUGAGCCUGGCGCUGCUGCUGCGAAGCCGUGGGCGCGCCUGCCAAAGGAGAUCCGCGUUACCGGUUUCUUCGGAGGAAGUAAAUCACGUACUACCUGGGCCGAUACAGACAUUGCAGUCUGCACAAUUGAAAAGGCCAAUUCUUUAGUCAAUACUGCCAUCGAGGACUGUACCGUCGAUAAUUUGGGCAUUGUAGUGAUCGACGAGAUUCAUAUGCUCGAUGACAAUAGCCGCGGAUAUCUGCUAGAAUUGAUGGUUACCAAACUGCUUCUCUUGCAGCAAGAUAUUCAACUAAUUGGCAUGAGCGCCACCCUUUCCAACACGGAGUUGCUUGCGACCUGGCUCCAUGCUAAUUACCAUGCUUCGGACCAUCGUCCCGUCCCGAUUGAAGAGCAUCUGGUGUACGAAAACUGUAUAUACCAAGCUGCCAACUCCAAGGAAUUUUUCCAAACUGCCCCAAAGCUGGAUGCUGUUUUACUGCAAGCCUCAUUGGUACCAUACCGCCAAAUCGACAGUUCUCCAUUUAAAGAAUUGUCCAACGUUACAGCGAAUGCUGUGGUGUCUCUAGCCGUCGAAACUGCUAUGGCAGGCUAUGGAGCCCUGGUUUUUUGUGGUAGUCGGCAGGCUUGUCAGACAAAUGCGAUGCUCAUUAGCGAGACGAUGCCGCCACCAUCGACAUUAGAUUCCGAGAUUUUGGAAAAGAGACUGGAUCUUUUGGCUGAUCUACAAAGUCUACCAUGUGGUCUGGAUCCAGUAUUUCAAGCGACCGUAGUCAAAGGCGUUGCCUUUCAUCAUGCAGGUUUGACGACUGAGGAGCGUGAGUUGAUUGCAGAUGCGUACGAUCGAGGAAUCAUCAAAGUCAUUGUGGCCACUUGUAGUCUUGCAGCGGGAGUUAAUCUUCCCGCUAGGCGGGUCAUCAUGCAAGGUGCCCGCAUGGGACGCGACCUAGUUGGGCCGGCAUUAUUACGGCAAAUGCGAGGCCGCGCUGGGCGUAAAGGAAAGGAUAUCGUUGGGGAAACGUAUCUUAUUUGUCAAAAAUCAGAUUUGGAGGCUGUUGCUGAACUUUGGGAUGCUGAAACUCCUGCUAUUGAAAGCUCUUUGGCACAAGACAAUAAAGGAGUGAAACGAGCCCUUUUGGAAGCGAUCGCCACUCGCUUAGUGUCUGGCCGCGAAGCGAUCGAGGAGUACAUGAGUUGUACACUUUUGUAUAGAACAUCCGAAUUGGCUCAGUUAUCAAAAUUGACCCGAGACAGUCUACAAGAAUUGGUCGACUCUGAACUUGUAUAUCUGCGUGAAGAUGAUUCUUACGCGCCGACAAAACUCGGGUCAGCCGUUGUCGCCUCGUCUUUCUCGCCUGAUGAUGGCAUCUUUAUUUAUGAAGAGCUCACACGGGCUCUAGAAGCAUUUGUCAUGGAUGGCGAAAUGCAUAUAUUCUAUAUGUUCACACCGCUCACCGUGGCUAUGAACACAACUAUAGACUGGGUCAUUUUCCGAGAUCAGUUGGAUGGUUUGGAUGAGAGUGGCAUCCGGGCGCUGCAGUUUGUUGGUGUUCAACCAGGGUUUGUGAACAAAAUGGCACAGAGUGGGGGCUCUCUCAGAGAAGAGAAUUCCGCGCAGCUACAACUGACUCGAAUAUACCGGCGUGCCUAUACAGCGUUCCAACUUCGAGAUUUGAGCAACGAAGUACCUCUAUCCACAAUUGCGAACCGAUACGGAACCUCUAGGGGUGUCAUCCAAACCCUAGCCCAGACCUGCCAUGGAUUUGCCGCAGGUAUGGUCAAGUUUUGCCAGAGAAUGGGGUGGGGUAUGCUGGCGGUGGUGCUUGAUCAUAUGCGAGACCGACUUCAAGUCGGUGCACGAGACGAUCUACUUGAAAUGGCCCAGGUGACCUUUGUUAAGAGCUGGACCGCAAGAUUACUAUGGGAAAAUGGCUUUCGUAGUGUUAGAGCUCUGGCAGAAUCUGAUCCUCAGGAUAUUGUUCCUGUUUUGUUGAUGAAUCGGCCGCGAAAAACCGAGAACUAUCAAAAUCCUGAAAAAGAAGCUGAGCGCUACGCUGCGAAAAUCCGGCAUAAAGCAGAGGUUAUUAUCGCGUCCGCGAACAAGAUUUAUGAGCGGGAAAUGCAAAUAGAAAUAGAUGAGUGA